AUGCCCUUCGAUGUUUUCUUGGUGACCGAUUGCCACGGUGGCCGUACUCUCGAACCUACCCUCAAAAGGACGCAGCUUCUCGCUAAGUCACCGGCCCUUGAUGGCGUGGAUGAGGACGGUGAUCUGGUUUCACGGUCUUCGGUCGACACCAUCGCUGAAGAAGUAAGGCGGACCAUCCGCGCCCAGACGAAGUCUCCUAUCAGCUCUCGCAAUCAGUCGCGCACUCGCACCACACUCUCGAAAGCGCAGGCUGCUGGUACGGAUCAUCCUAGAAGCCCGCUUUCUGAUUCUGCUAGGGACUCUUCUACAUAUAGCCGUCCCGAAGACCUCGAUUCUGCGAUACCAGCUCCUCUCGAUUUGUCGAGCCUCGCCAAAUCUUCCGUCGACCCGCCUUCCCAAGCUAUCGCCCAGUAUCUACGCUCGAGCCGGCUGACAACAGUGCUGAGGCUCACUCGCGGUCCACACGCUUCGCGAGAGUCACCUCUGAACGUCAGCUUGUCUGACCUGGGUAGCGCUACUGGCGUUCCUCUCGUUGUCUUUCUGGGCUUGGGAUGCGUGAGACAUAUCAUGGGUCUCUACGAUGAGAUGGCGGAGCUCUUGGGGGUACGCCUCAUUACUGUCGACCGGUGGGGUCUUGGGCGAACGGAUUCCCCGCGUAAUAGGCUUGCCAAAGGCAUUCCGGAGUGGGCAUCUGUGGUUGAGGAGGUUCUUGACCGCCUCAACAUCGACCAAUGCAGCGUCAUGGCGCAUUCAGCCGGUGCGCCGUACGCGCUUGCCUUCGCCAACCGCUUCCCGGAGCGUAUUCGGGGCGACGUCUGUUUGCUUGCCCCUUGGCUGGUUACAAGUGGCUAA